CUUAUUCCCCCUUUGGUAACUAGCCAUGCGAAUCUCUUCAGUGUUUGGAUUCGGCUUAAGUUAAGCUUUCUCUAAUGCAAAAUGAAUUUCUUACUUGGAAAUUGUGUGGGCAGUUGUGACCAGUUGGCUGGUCCGCCGCCAGAUUUUAUACUCUCCAUGCCGCCGCCGCCGCUGCCAUCGUUCCUGAUAUCGAAACCGAAGAGCAUUGAUAUAUUGCUGCCAUCGAAUGAGUCUCAGCCGUGCUUUGCGGCCUUCAUGUGUGGCCAAAACCAGCACAAUGAUAGCGGCAACGAGCUAAUGGAGCUGGUGCGCAGCGAUGCCAAGAGCUUGGAGAAUGUUUGGUUUUUCGUCUCGUCGUGCAUUGGCAUAUUUGUGCUGGCCUGUUUCCUGGCAUUGAUUGUCAUCAGAUGCAAAGACACCUUUUUCUCGUAUCAUGAUGCAAAUAUCAAGCAAACCGCAAUCAAUGCGCUGGGCGAAGCGACCAAAUCGAAUGCCUUCACCUCGGGCGGAAUACUCUAUCCGUGCGCCACAGCCAACAGUCGGGAUCUGUUGCAGAGUCAGCUGGUGAAUGAUAGUCGCCUGCUGUGGGCCACAUUAACGCCACACGGCACCCGGCACUUUAUAAUUGAGAACUCUCAGGAUGGGCACUACGAGUCCGUUGAUUAUCGCGGCAAGGCGCACAAUCAGGUGUUCCGCGGCUAUGCCAAGCAGUCCCAAUCUUUUGUCAAGUCCUUCGAUAACAGUGGCUUUGUUGAUUACGACUAUGAGGAUCCCACACCCCUAAUGGACUCCUACCACGAUGAUAUGGACUCGGGCUAUCAAGAGCCCCAUGAAGUGACCGGCUCGCUGCGGCGCUCCCCAUUGCGAGCAGUCGCAUCGUCACCCACAGCGCAUGAUAUAUCAAAUAUAAUAACAACAACAAAUCAUAAUCCCAACCAACUGGGGCCGAGCAUCCAUUCUAAUCAGGCUGCCAAUACGCUCUCCAUCAGCCGUAAGACAACGCUGUCGCGGCGCAUUAGUGAUGCCUCCUCCCACAAUGGAACCUCGAUGUAAUGUUUGGUGUCCGGAGUCGCCUCGCUUAGUGUUACGCGCAAUCAAGUUUUUUGUAAAUUAAACAUGGA